AUGGAUGGAGGCGGUUCUACAUUUGAUCUCACGGCACCAGUAUCAUUGGUGCAGCCGAAAAUAAAUGUUUCGAAAUAACCAGAGCCAACAAUUAACAAAGGGUAGAAGGAAGUAAUUAAGCAUUGAAUAAAAUCAGUUACAGCCGUAAAAGACUUAGACUUCUAAUUCAAAACUGCCGUAAUUGGGGAACAAUCAGAAUGCUUCUAAAAGUGUGAAUCAGAAAUCGUCGCAGCCAGGACAUCAGCAUUCUCCAAAGUCGCUUUCGAAAGUAAAAAAGAUUGAAUUGUUCCGAGAUGCUUUGCAGCAGGCAACCACGAAAUUACUACGUAUGUGAUAGUGUGUAAAUGUAGCCCCUGGGAAAAAGGACAAGGAUAAGACGCAGAAACCCAAACCUCUGCAGGAAUCUCAAUAGUAACAGAUUGAGGAGAUAAAGAAGGAGUAUGAGGAUUUAGUGUAAAAUCAUUAUAAAGAUUUAUAUGCUCACAUUGGAAAUGAACAAUAAAAAAGUUUGCAUGAUUUAUAUAAUAAAAGAAUCGUUACAGCUUUGCAAAACUUGGAAUCAAGGCCAAAAAUAUAAGGUGCUUUGGAAAGAAAGGAGGAAUAAUUGAAUAAAUAGCGAUUGUAUAAGGAUAGAUUGCUGUAUGAAAUCAAGCAGAUGAUAAUCAAGAGUCGAAGGAUGGAUGAGCUUUUGAACGAUUUGGCAAUUCAAAAUGAUGACACUGAAGUCAAAGAGUCAAUUGAGGAAUUACUGCAGAAGGAACAAGUACAAGAAGAGAAGAUGGCCAAGCAAGCCUACGAAAUAGCCAAACUCAGGGAUAUGUAUGGGAAGCGAAGUAAUUAGAAUAAUUAAAUCAAGGAAAAUUGCUAUUGGAAGUCCAAAAACAAUGUUAGAUUACCUAUGAUGGAUUGAAAAUCAAAUACCAAUAAUAUGAGGCAUCCUCAUAGAGUAUGAUGAGUCGCAAGAAGCAAUUAGAGUCUUUGUCGAAGAUAGUUUCAAAAUAUAGAAAUGAAUUUCAAAAUUAACAGAACUUUUUUGGAGCAAGUCUGAAGAGAGGAUUUGAUCCCAUGCUUGAAGAGAUCCUGGAAGAUGAGUUAUCAAAAUGUGGAGAUCUAUAAGCAUUGGAAAUUGUGUAAUAGGGGGAGAAGAAGAUCAUUGCAAUCAAAGAAGAGAACGAAAAGAAGAAGAAGGGAGAAUAAAAGGAUAAGGCUAAAUUGGCUAUUGAGAAUGCCACUCAAAAUAUCAACAAAUAGAAGAGUGAUAUUCAAUAGGAAUUGGAAAAGAAAGUAAGUAUGUGAAUAAUGUAGAAAUAAAUGUUUCAAAAAUUGAGAGUAGUCACCAGCAUUGCUAGUUAGGAAGACAUGCAGAAGUACAAACUCAAUAUGGAUUUAGAUUAACAGGAACUGAAAAACAUUUAAGAAUAUGUAGGCAAGGAAAUCGAAAGAUAUGAAAGACAAAAUGAGGAAUUGAGAGCUGAAAUCAAGAAAUUGAAAUAUGAAUAAGAGAAUUCUAUUUUGGAUGCCCAAAUCAAUUUGGAUGAAUAAGAAAGAGAAGUCACCAAAUAAUAGGAUCUACUCUAAGAAAAGGAGAAGUAAGUCAAAAAGGUUGAGAAGUCUAUUGAUGAAGUCACCAUGUCAUUGUCAAGAAUCAUGUAUCAAUUGAGUGGAAAGGGAUUGAAACCCAAGAACAUUGAAAUCAAGAGACACGCUUUGGUUGCCACUGCAUCCACCAUUCAGCUCAGACUAGAGAGAAUGCUGACUGUCUUGUCCAAAACCUAGGAAUUUCUUAAUGAAGAGUCCAUUAACACCAAUCCCAGAUAUAACAAAGUCGAAGACUUUAUAUGUCUCAAUCCAAAGGUAAUCUUUCUCUCUAUUGUAGAGUUACAUCUCUCAAGAAAUCAAUGAGAAUGGCGAAACGAACAUUAAAUUUGUAUACAAGGAAGAGGACAGUUCAGAUGAGGAUUGCAAAGAUAUGGAUGAAGUCAGACAACAAGUCAAAUCCAGAGCAUAAGAAGACAAACCUUCAGUGGUUGUUCCACCCAAAAAGGAUAAAAAACCUAAAUGA